AGAGACAGGGGCGGCAAGUGAGCGACCCCACAGACACCAGCAAACACAGAUAGCCACAGAUAGCAGAGCAUUCUCCAAACCACCUCCACCCGAUUGGAGCAACAGUUCCCAGAGACACUUUGAGGGGACCGAGAAGAGGACUAUCACCCACCAUCGCUCAGUGACUCAUUUCAUUGAAGGUGAAUCUGGACUAGUCUUCACACGCAGGACAGCCAUCAUGAGCGAGUUUGGCUACCGCCGGGAGCUCAGCAAGUAUGAGGACAUGGACGAGGACGAGCUGCUGGCCAUGCUCAGCCCCGAGGAGCUCGAGGAGCUGGAGAAGGAGCUGGCCGACAUCGACCCCGACGCCAACGUGCCCGUCGGGCUCAGGCAGAGGGACCAGACGGAGAAGACGCCCACCGGCACCUUCAGCCGCGAGGCGCUCAUGAAGUAUUGGGAGAGGGAGACCCAGAAGCUGCUGGAGGAGGAGAUGAUCGGCUCUAGCCCUUCACAGGAGUUUCAGGCACAUGAAGAUGCGAAAAGUGAUGAUGAGGAGGAGUGUGUGACAGAGAGUGACACCUCUGAAGAUGAGAAGGACAAACAUGAGGCAGAUGAGAAAGACAAAGAUAAGGAUGAUGUCAAAGAGAAAGAGGAAGAAGAAGAGGAAGAGAGUGAGUCUGAGGAAGAGAGCGAGUCUGAGGAGGCAGUGACUGAGGAUGAGGAGGAAGAGGAGGAGGAUGAACAGGAGAAACCAGAAACUAAACAGGAGGUUGUUAAACAAAACUAUCUGGAGGUACCAAAGCAAAGCUUCCACCAAAACCAAGAUUUCCCCUUACGAAGAAGCCCGCGUCCUCCAGUAGAAGAACCACUUAGAGCGGCUACUCCAAAUCAGUCUUCCAACAGUGAGAACCCAACAGUAGUGGACGACGUCCUGGAGAAGAUCCUGGCCAAUGACCCGGACACCACUGAGGUCAACCUCAACAACAUUGAGGACAUCUCGAAGGAGAAUCUUGUUCGCUUUGCCGAAGCGUUGCGUUCAAACACCCACGUCACCAACGUCAGCCUGGCCAACACUCACGCCGACGACCAUGUGGCCUUUGCCAUCGGCAAGAUGCUGAGGGAGAACAGCUCCAUCAUCCGCCUCAACAUCGAGUCCAAUUACAUCACUGGCAAAGGUGUGCUCGCAAUGGUGCAGGCCCUGACGAAAAACAAAACCAUGACAGAGCUCCGAUUCCACAACCAGCGGCACAUCUGCGGCGGCCAGGUGGAGAUGGAGAUGGUGAAGCUGUUGAGGGAGAACACGACCUUGCUGAAGCUGGGCUACCAGUUUGACCUGCCGGGCCCAAGGAUGAGCAUGACGGGCAUCCUCACCCGCAACCAGGACUACCAGAGGCAGAGGCGACUGCAGGAACAGCGGCAGCAAGGCGGGGCUAAUGCAGGGGCAUCGGCGGUCAACCCUCGCACGACUGCCCUGCAGAAGAACACCCCGACACCGUCGCCUUACGGAUCGCCCCGAAGCUCUCCGUGGUCUUCCCCUAAGUUGCCACGCAAUGAGUCGGCCGCCAAGAACGCUCCACCUGCGCCUCCUCCACCUCCUCCUCCUCCACCACCACCUCCUCCACCCUCCAUGCCAGUGGUGGAGAAGAAGAAAGCUCCAACCAGGAUGAUCGCAGAGGUCAUCAAACGGCACGAGGAGUGCAGUAACAACCAGGAGCAGGCCCCUUUAAAAUCGAAAUCUAAAACCAAGAGUAAAAAGGGCAAGAAAACCGCGAACAAAGUGAAGACGCCCAACAUUCUCAAGGAACUGAAAAACGCCCUGAGGCCUAUAGACAGAAGGGCUGAAGAGCUGCCCAGGCCCUCCACUCCCCAGAGGUCAAGCCAUGACGAACUAAUGGCAGCCAUUCGUGGAAGCAGCGUAAAAUCCCUCAGAAAGGUGGAGAUACCGCAUCACCUUCGAUAAUCCGUUUCAGAGUCUCUGGGAGUGCAGCAGGAUGCAUUGAAGAUAGAAAAAUCGUUUAAUGCGGAGUUUACUUCUAAAGGGGGAGAACCUGGAUAUUUGCACUGUAUGUGUAAUACUUGGAAUACUAAAACCUGUUUUUUUCUAUGCCAUUGGGACUGAAUUAUAUUUAUACUGUAUAUGACAGUCUUUUACUGCCUUUGAAGGUUUUAAGAUUUUUGAAGAUUGAAAAAAAAAAUAUUUCACUUGUGUACAAAUGUAAAUACUUACUAAAUGUGAGAAAAUAAAAUGUGCAGUGUGCACACUGUAUUAUUCAACCAAAA